AUGCCACCUGCGAGGCAGCGGGAGCCAAGGGACGGAAACCAUAGGACCAAGGGGCCGGCUCGUGUGUCCCUUCCCAUCACAGGCACGAGGGACGAGAGGAGAGUGAGUGCAGCCAGUGCCGGGAAGGCACUCACCACCACUCCAGCCUGCACCUCCACCUCCAACACCCUCCCCGGCCUGCACCUCCAGCACUCACCACCUCUCCAGCCUCCACCUCCACCUCCAACACCCUCCCCGGCCUGCACCUCCACCUCCAAUACCCUCCCCGGCCUGCACCUCCACCUCCAACACCCUCCCCGGCCUGCACCUCCACCUCCAACACCCUCCACAGCCUGCACCUCCAGCAUUCACCACCUCUCCACCAGGGUCGCCGCACAUGCUCCCGCCAUCACCUUUAACCUAUGGACAGCAACCAAGAAAACGCCAAAGAUUCAGCUCCUCGCCAUUUUACCACUUUAG